AUGUUAAUUUGGAAUUGUUAUGACAAUAGUUUAAUCAAUAUUUUAUCUGUAUUAUUCAUGUGUAUUUAUAUAUCAAAUCCUGAAAGAUGUUUUUGUUAUCUUAAUUCGACCACCUUUCAAAAUCAUACUAAUAAUAAAACAAAUGAUAAAAAAUUAAUUCAAUGUUCAAUGAUUCAAUCACCUUUAAAAUAUACUGAAGAAAUAUCAUGUCAACGAGUGGAUAAAUUUGUGUGCGUUGGUCCAUAUCCUUCAUAUAAAAAUAAUAAUGAUGAUAAUAAUAAUUAUAGCAGUAUGAAUAGUCAUCAAUAUUUAUCGAUUAAUCCAUGGGCAUUUUCAAAUUUGUUUAUCAAUAAUUUAGUGGAUACAUUACAACUUGAUAUUCAUAUGAAAAUUAAUGAAAUCAAUGCUCUCAGUUUAGCUGGUAUGAAUGGAUUAAGGCAUCUAUUAGCACGUACCAGUUUAAUAACUUGGGAUACAUGUAGUUUUGUUGAAUUGACAAGUUUACGUGAAGUUACAUUAAAUUGUAAAGCAAAUUUUUCUAAUUUUUUAACUUUUAAUUCAUUCAUCUCUGUAAUACGAUUUAUUGACUGUGAAAAUGUACCAUUACAAUUUUAUUGUAUUAAAUGUUAUCAAAAUUCUAGUAUAAAUGUGAUACGUAUACGAUCUGGACCACCGCUUAGACAAUAUUUAAUAAAAUUUACAGAAUUUUCAUCAUUAAUAAAUUAUAAUAAUCAUACUAACGAAUAUUCAUUAAUAAAUAAAUUGAAUCAUUUACCUCUUGAUAGUUGUAUAACUGAUAUAUGCUCAGAUGAAAUGCUUUGUAGAGAUAAUUUACCAGUUCAACAAGUACACAAUAGAAUUAAUCAACCUGAAAAACCAAUAAUUGAAAUUAUAUCAUAUAAUAAUAAUAAUGAUAAUAAAGAGAUUGUAACAACCACAAGUUCCAGUGAAUUAUUUCCAUUGAUUAAACAGUUCAAUAAUAUGACAACUAUUGAAUCAGUCUUACAGACAAAUUUAUCAACUACUUUACAAUAUAUCAAUAAUACAUCCUUUCAUAAUAUUAUAGUAUUAACUAAAUAUGGUAGUAGUAAAACUGAUCAUCGACAAAAAAUUUGGAUUGUUUCAUCAAUUCUUAUUUUAAUCCUUUUAUUUAUUAUUACAUUAGGCAUUUUAAUAGGGAUUAAUUAUCAGCGUAAAUUAAAACACAAGGUCAAAUGUUCAAGGUCAAAUAAAUCUCUAAAUAAUCAACAUCAUCAUAUAUUAUCGAAUGGAAGAACAAAUCAGCAUGAUGCUUUAAUUAUUAUAGAAGAUGGUAAUCGAAUUGAACUUCCAGAAAUAGUAUCAUAG